AUGAGUCAGAACCCUACAGAAGAGACGCCUCAUGUCUCGGGCCAGUCCAACACUCCCAUGUCAGCACCUGCUCAUGCUCUCACCUAUGAGCAGGUUGCUAAGGAGUUGAACGCCAACCUUGAAGAUGGUCUCACCGACCAAGAGGCCAAGGGCCGCCUCGAAACUGCUGGCCGCAACGAAUUCGGCGAGCAAGAGGGCGUCCAGCCUCUCAAGAUCUUCAUCGGUCAAAUUGCCAAUGCUCUCACUCUAGUCCUCAUCCUCGCCAUGGCUGCCUCUUUUGGCAUCCAGUCAUGGAUCGAGGGUGGUGUCGUUGCUGCUGUUAUUAUUCUCAAUAUCGUCGUCGGUUUCCUACAGGAAUUCCAGGCCGCCAAGACUAUGGACUCGCUUCGUUCUCUCAGCUCCCCAACAGCUUCAGCUGUUCGAAACGGUAACAAUCAGACCAUUCCCACGGCCGAGAUUGUCCCUGGUGACAUGGUCGAGCUCAAGACUGGUGACACUAUCCCUGCCGAUCUCCGCCUUGUUGAGGCCGUCAACUUCGAAACAAACGAAGCUCUGCUUACCGGAGAGUCCCUUCCUGUCCGCAAGGAGAUCAACAAGGUAUUUGACAACGACACUGGCCCCGGUGACCGCCUCAACGUUGCCUACAGCUCUUCCACUGUCACAAAGGGCCGAGCUCGCGGCAUUGUCUUCGCCACCGGUAUCUAUACAGAAAUUGGCCAGAUUGCUGUUGCCCUUCGUGGCAAGUCUUCUAAGCGCCGACAGCCCAAGAAGAACGCCCAAGGCAAGGUCAAUGCCGGUCGUCACAUUGAGGCGUGGACCUUGACCGGCUCUGAUGCCGUCGGCCGCUUCCUUGGCGUCAAUGUCGGAACUCCUCUGCAGCGUAAGCUUUCCAAGCUUGCUCUCAUCCUUCUCGGAACUGCUAUUGUUUGUGCCAUUAUCGUCAUGGCUGCCAACGACUUCAAGUCUCAAAAGGAGGUCAUCAUCUAUGCUGUGGCCACUGGUCUUUCUAUGAUUCCCGCCUCCCUGAUUGUUGUCCUUACCAUCACAAUGGCAGCUGGUACCAAGCGAAUGGUUCAGCGAAACGUCAUCGUCCGUAACCUCAAGAGUUUAGAAGCUCUUGGUGCCGUUACUAACAUUUGCUCCGACAAGACUGGCACCCUUACUCAAGGUACCAUGAUUGUCAAGAAGGCCUGGAUUCCUGGCCGAGGCACAUACUCUGUCGGACAGACCAGCGAACCUUUCAACCCCACUGUUGGCACCAUCAGCCUUGCUGAGGAUCAGCCCAAGAACAUCGACUUCCGCGACGAGAAAGCCGAGGGCAACUCCAUUGACGCUUCUGCCCAGACUUCCCAGGACCCCGGCUUGAUGGAGUACCUCAACGUUGCAUCCCUUGCCAACCUUGCUACUGUCCACCAGAUCGAGGGUGAGUGGCAUGCUCGUGGAGACCCCACUGAGAUCGCCAUGCAGGUUUUUGCUUCUCGUUUCAACUGGAACCGCAUGCGCCUGUCUGGCGGCGAAAAUCCUCGCUGGCACGAAGUCGCCGAGUUUCCAUUUGACUCAGACGUCAAGAAGAUGUCGGUUAUCUUCAUGGACAGCGAGGCUCAGAAGCAAUGGGUUUUCACAAAGGGUGCCGUCGAGCGUGUUUUGACGUCUUGCCCAACCUACGCUGCGGGCAAUGAGAUCCUCGAGUUUACCGAUGCUAUCAAGGAUGAUGUAAUUGCAAACAUGGAAUCUCUUGCCCGUCUUGGUCUCCGUGUUCUUGCCCUUGCCAGCCGAACAGACAUCCCUCACGUCGAGGACAACGAGGCUGAACUCGACCGAGGACUCUUCGAGAAGGACCUUGUGUUCCGUGGGCUUAUCGGCCUGUACGACCCUCCCCGCCCUGAGUCUGCCCCUUCGGUUCAAAAGUGUCAUGAGGCCGGCGUCAACGUUCAUAUGCUUACCGGUGAUCACCCCGAGACUGCUCGCGCUAUCGCUUUGGAAGUCGGUAUUCUGCCAAGCCGUAUCAAUGAGAUCCCAAAGGAUGUCGCCAAGGUCAUGGUUAUGACUGCUUCUGAGUUUGACAAGUUAUCCGAUGACGAGAUUGAUGCCCUCCCUCUCUUACCUCUCGUUGUUGCUCGUUGUGCCCCCCAGACCAAGGUCCGUAUGAUUGAAGCGCUUCACCGUCGUAAGGCUUUCGUCGCCAUGACUGGUGAUGGUGUCAACGACUCGCCCAGUCUGAAGCGUUCAGACGUAGGCAUUGCUAUGGGUCAGGCCGGAUCUGAUGUUGCCAAAGAAGCUUCCGACAUUGUCCUAACCGACGAUAACUUUGCCUCUAUUCUUAACGCUGUCGAAGAAGGUCGACGUAUGUUUGACAACAUCCAAAAGUUCAUUCUCCACGUUUUGGCCGAGAACAUUGCCCAAGCCUGUACCCUUCUCAUCGGUCUUGCUUUCAAGGACCGCAACAACCUGUCUGUGUUCCCUUUGGCCCCCGUUGAGAUUCUCUGGAUCAUUAUGAUUACCUCUGGUAUGCCUGAUAUGGGUCUCGGCUUUGAGAUUGCUGCACCAGACAUUAUGCAGCGUCCUCCUCAAAACUUGAAACAAGGUGUCUUUACUCCCGAGUUGAUGAUCGACAUGGUUGUCUACGGUCUUUGGAUGUCUGCUCUCUGUCUCAGCUCUUUCGUCCUUGUCCUCUACGGUUUCGGCAACGGUGCUGCCGACAUUGGAAACGAUUGCAACAGUAAGUACAGCGAAGAGUGCAAGGUUAUUUUCCGUGCUCGUUCCACUACUUUUGCCUGCUUGACAUGGUUCGCCCUGUUCCUUGCUUGGGAAAUGGUCAAUAUGCGACGAUCCUUCUUCCGAAUGCAACCAAAGAGCAAGAAGUACUUCACCCAGUGGAUGCACGAUGUUUGGAGGAACCCCUUCCUUUUCUGGGCUAUUGUUGCUGGUUUCGUUACCAUGUUUCCCAUUAUCUACAUUCCUGGACUCAACACCGUCGUCUUCAAGCAUGCCCCCAUCUCAUGGGAAUGGGGUAUUGUGUUUGUUGAGGCUGUUUUGUUCUUUAUGGGUAUUGAAGCCUGGAAGUGGGCCAAGCGUAUCUACUUCCGCCGUCAAGCCCGCAAGUCAACAGGUGGUGUUAGCGACUUGGAGACGCGUAUAUUUGGAAAGUACUAUAACAUGGCUGGUGACAGCCGUGAUGAGGAGAGUGGCGGAGAGAAGUCGUCCAAGUAA